AAUGUAGCUCGCCUUGCUUUGCGAUGGAUGCGUUUUCAGCGCUUCGUAUAUACUCAUAAAUCACACAAUAUAUUUUAGUGCCACGCACGCAUGCUGUCUGACUGUAACGUUAGUCGCAGUGAACGAAUUCAGCUGAUUUUCUGUCUCGCUGAGGCUGAAACUGAAAGCUGCUGCUGUCAAUAUUUGCGCCAGUUGGAGUUCGAUUCGAGUCUCCGCUGGCAAGAAUUGGGCAACAGCGUAAAAAACUAGCAAGGUUGGCCCUUUCUGCAUUAAAUGAAUAGCCAAGGGAUGGAAUCAAAAUCAUGUGAAACCAAGUAUGGAACGAUACUGAUAAACUCCUCCCUGCCUUUUGUGACUGAAAAGAUAGUGUUUUAAAACACGCAAAGGGAGGGCACUAGUUGCAGAUCAGUUGCACAUUCAACAAACACAGUGGGGCAGCAGAAAGGAGGGCACCAGGCUCUGGGCCUUUUAAUAGAGUGUGCAUGGCUUGGUGGGCUCUGGGGCCUAUGAGAUGAAUGAGGAACUGCUGAAUUCUCCUGUCACUGCAAGAAGCCCAAGAGAGCAGAGUGCUCGUAGGGGCAGAGGCAUGGAUGAACAUGGAGGGGCUGAUAAAGCAACAGUAGCCACCACAGAUGAAGUGAAACUUAUGGGCAAUCGGGGUGCUGGCUCUGUGGGUCAGCAUGGGUCACAGUCAAGCUUGGAGUCCCUGCAAAAGGAGACCCAGUCAUCCCCAGGAGACAUGGCGGCUCACUCUCAGGAGCUCAUCUGCGGUGUUACUAGCACAGAGGAGGUGGGGGAAGGUUCUGCGGGCUCAAGAGAGGGUGCUGGGGCCCCCAAAGAUGAACCCCCUGAAGACUGGCUGGAGCCUCUAGAGGAGGAUGAUGAGGACGAUGACCGGCAGAGCUGGGAGCUGGACAUCCUUCCAGGAGAGAUGCACCUGAAUGGUAGACAGGAGGCAGAACUGGAGAGCCUGGCUGGAGAGAGUGAAAGGAGUGGAAGUUUGGCAGGCAGUGAGAGGAACUUCAAAAAGAAGAGCAGAAGCAACAGUGGAGUGUCUGCCCCGAAGCGCAGGAGGCGGCAGAACAUCGCUGAUGAAGAAUGGGAAGAAUGGCCUGUACUGGGAGAAGGCUGGAAACGUAAAGAAGUCUUCCGUCGCUCUGGCUUCAGUGUCGGCAAGACGGACACAUACUACAUGAGCCCCAGUGGUGACCGAUUCAGAAGUAAGAUUGAACUGACCAAACAUCUUUUUGGUGUUAUGGAUCUCUCCACAUUUGACUUCAAAUCUGGAAAAUUCCUAGAUGCAAUCACUUACAGGAAGAUGAGAAGGAGAAGAAAGAAGAGGGACCAAUCUCCCAUCAACAGUGAGCAGAGCGUUUUUUCAGAUAUUAUGGGCCCAGUGGACUGCUGCUAUUCUCCUGAUGCCCCUCUUGGCCACCUCCAUGGUGCUGGAUCUCAGAGACACCAGCCCAUGUCCUUCUUGUCUAGUGGCUCCCUGCAGAAGAGCAGUACCUCCUCGCACUCUCCUUACUCCUUCAGCACUCCCCCGUGUUCAGUUCAAGCAUCCCCGCUUCAGGUGGAUGUGGCAGCACAGUGCCCAGGUAACACUACAUCUCUUGGCCCUGGAAAAGUGACCUCUUUGGGUUGUAGCACUGCAGAUAUGUCAAGCGGCGAACCCCCUUUCCAUCACCUGGAUCCAUCUGAGCCAGGCCCCUCGCUUGCUGCGGGAAAUCCGGCCUCCACACCGGAGAGACCAUAUGGUGCCAAUGGUCAGGGCCAGGACAGCUCCUGGGGUGUCCCAGGGAGCCCCCAGGAAAAGCUCACAGUUCAGCACAUUUUGAGCCCAGAGCUCAUAUCUCUGGAUCCCACUGUCACCGUGAAUGGGGAGGGUGGACGCAGGAACCCAACACCAGACACGUUAUUUUCAAACUGUACCAAAUGUGGUAGUCCAUAUCUUUAUGCGGAUUUGAACAGGAUGGACCAGCCGACUUUGUGCCCAAAAUGCAGGUCUGAGAAGAGGCCAGAUAGCAGAAAUAUUAUCUUCAGAAAGUGGCUUCCGUGUGGGCAGUGUCGUGCUUGCCUUGUCACCGAGGACUGCGGAACGUGUGCCAGCUGCCGCAACGGGCUGCUGAACCCCGACUCCCGGAAGCCUGUGCGAUGCAGGAGGCGGAAAUGUCUCUGCCCCAUCCGCAAGAAUAAAGCCAAGGAUGAGUUGGAGAUGGAGAAUAUGCCGAUACAGCCAUAUUCCAUUUUCCAACAUAGUGAUUCAGAAGAUUUUUCGCUGUUUUUGGAUGAUGAUGACGACAUGGAGGGCGGACCGAAGAAGCGCAAUCGGCGCUCUUGCGGGAUGUGCAAUGCCUGCCUGCACACCACGGACUGCGGCUCCUGUGACUUCUGCAUAGACAAGCCCAAAUUUGGGGGGAGCAACAAGAAAAGGCAGAAGUGUCGACUCCGCCAGUGUCAGAGGCAGGCUAUGAGACACUUGUUGCCUUUCCAGUUGGGAAAGUCUGAAUACCUGACUCCGGAAGGCUGGGUGGGGCUGGGCAGGCCAAGGCCACACUAUCAGUAUGGUGCUCGCAGGGGCAGAUCGCGGAAAUCUGAAGCGUUGUGGGAUGAUAUGGAGUUCACUGAUGAUGAGAAUGAGGAAGGCUACAUGGCUAUAUUCAAGCCAGGGUUUCAUGGGCCUGUGACUGAAGAGGAUGGAGGAGACUUUGCGCAACAUUCACAGAACUAUGUGAAGACAACCAGUGGGAGGCAAGAAGCACUGAAAGAGAAUGGUUUUGCUUCCAAGGUUCUUGAGGCCAACCAACCCUCCAUCUCUGUCUCAGAAGCAAUAUGGGCAUAUGACCAUGUGCCGCAAAUGACCGAGAAAGCUGGUGAGGGGGAUUCUGGGAAGGAGAGGGCGAGUCUGGACCUGGGCGAGAAUAUGCGGGUAGUGGAGGUGGACACUGGAGAAUCUCACGUGCAGGAGGUCACACCUAUGAUCACCCAGAUAUUUAGCCUGGCAGACAAUGCCCAGACGGGCGUUGGAACAGAGCUCCCAAUUAACCGUGAACUCCUGCAGCUCCUUGAGGAUCUGCGAAGGGCAGUGCUGCCAGUGCACUGGGUGGGACUAAUUGUGGAAGGCCCAAGGCUGCAGCUGGUUCAGUGCUCCAAGUUGUCCACCAUGGCUGACACCGUGGUGCAGAUUGAGUCUGGUUUCCACUACCAGGUUAGUGUGCAGGACCAGCCACUUCUCCUCACCCACCCAUUGUAUGAGGUCCACCCGUCCCGCCUGGUCUCUGUGGUCCAUGUUGUCUCACUGUUGUUGGACCUGGAGAGGUACGCUGUGUGUCAGGGCUACCCAGUCACUGUUCCUUGGGCUGGCCUCGAACCUACAUCCUACGUGCGGGCAGCCACCUGCGACUUCCUGGUACCGCGGACAAAGGAACGAUGCGCCAAGUGCAGCGUCGCUCCGCUGAGGCUGUGAAGAAUCAAGUCAUGCGUCUCAUGAGGCUUUUGCUCAAGUCCUACAGGACUCUAUGCAGCUUCAAAGGCGCCUUUUGCUGAUAUCUCCCAGUGGAUUUUCACAAACGUCAGCAAAGCCAAGCAUGCUGAAUGUGAAUACAGAGUCAAGGUUUCUAAGAAGCCUGUCAUUUGCUUUUAGGUUUAUUUCAGGUUUAUUUUGUACUCGGCUGGGGAUGACCUGGACAGAUAUUGGAAUGUAAAACAUUCUCCAUUAUCACCACCAAUCAGUGAAGUUAUGGUGCCAUAGAAAUCCUGAAUAUAUAUUUUUUCCUUCCAGAUGUUUAUUUCAUUUAAAAGGAAAAAAAGAUAUAAUCUUGCUGACUACCUCUUACUCAGGUUUUUGUUCAACAUUCUGUUUCAGUUCUGGGUUGUUUCAAACUGAUUAUUAAGAUGAAGUACCCAUUUUUUUGGUUGUAUAGAAUUUCUCUUGUGGAGAAAAAAAAGGUCACUAAGAAGUUAAAGGGUUUUUGAGAUUUCAGAAGCUUUCAUAUGGUGUAAAACAUUUUAUAGUUGUUCUUCCCUAGGCAACCUUCCAAUGUGAUGUGUAUGAAACACCCAACACAUGUGCCCUACUUUUAAGGUUGCCCAGAGUAUUUGCAGUAAUUCCUUUUUGGUUUCUAAUCUCACAGGAUGCAUAUUGCCAGUGGUGUUAUAAAUGAAAAUAUUAUAAAUGCUGCUUCUUGCGCUGUCUCCUGUGCAAUGAACAACUUAUCAGUAAUAUGAGAAAGUAGAACUUAAUAAAAGCUAAAUUGUGUGCAUAUUGUAGAAAUAAAAAUAUUAAAUCAAUUAGCGAGUGCCAAACAAUUUCAGGAAGAGGCAAAUGCAUUAACGGUAUCAUAAUAGGUCUGGUUCAUUUGUUUAGAUCAUGUUAGCAGAACUGGAAAUCUCGUUCAUGUAAUGACUUUCAUCACGUUAAAACUAUAUUUAAAACUUAAUUUGCUCUCUAAGGUUGGAAUUGCCCCCUUGUUAUACUUUUACAACAACUAGAACAAUGAACAUGAAUCGUGAAUGAGACAUUAAUUGCACCAUCUGUGCAUUUCUGUGAGUUUCUUCUGAUAGUCUGUAAGGUGCAUUAACUGUGUGUGUUGGGCAAACUGUGCUGGCAGUACAUAAACACCUCAUUUUGCUCUUAGACAAGCGUAACUGAAUGAAUACGGUCUACGUUGACAAAGUCAUAGUAGGGCGCUUAUUUACAAUAUGCUUUGCAGCUCGGCUGUUAUAACAUAUGUUUUAUGUUUCAUUACCUCUUUUACCUGUUGAACAUCCUUGUUCAUGUGAUUUAAGAUUCAGUUAUAAAUAGGAUUUGUUUAGUUCCUCAGUUGUAGAGGCAGCUUUGUUUUGCACAUUAUGCCUUUAGGGGAAAACUCUGCACCACUUGUUCAUUUUAUUUUUUCUCCUUCUUGCAGUAGAACUGUAAAAAAAAAAAAUUGUAUUAAAAUGAUUGGCUUAACGUUUUAGCACUGUGAUGUUGGUACGAUGAUGCUGCAAUUUGAAUAAAACUAUAAUUCUGUUUCCUACAUUCACCACUUGAGAAGAGAAUUAUGAAAUUGGGAGAUGAAACAUUUGAGUAAAUGUAAUUUGCUAUUGAUGAGGUAUUUUUUCAAAUAUCAAGCUAUCCUUAUAUUUUUGUUUACAAAGCUCAUGUUGCCAAAACUACUGGACAUGAAAAUCUUCAUAGCUUUACAAAAUGUACAGCAACUCUCCCAAAUGCUAUUAGUAUAUGAUGAUCACCUUUUAUGACUGAAAGCUUUGUUCCUUGAUAAAUCAGUAUGGCAACUAAGACUUUAUAAAGUGGCACAGUAAGGUGGAAACGACCAAGAAAUGGGUUGUCUUGGGGCACAAAAAAUGGCACCGUUUCUUCUGGGCUUGGUGAACUGCAGAACUUCCAUUGAAACUGGAUAAGGUUCAUCAGGAGAAACACUGCACUAUUUACUCAGUACAGCUUUACUGCCACAUUCUGAAACAGACAAAACUUUAGAAAACAAUUUGUGUCAUGAGAAUCUACCCCCC